AUGCUCCCCCUCGCACUCAAGGUCCUCUGGCUCGUCCUCUCCGUCCUCGGCACCGCGAGCGCCUGGGCCGUGCUCAUCCCCUUCGCGCACGCCGUCGGCGCAGCCUGGGCCCCCGUGCUCUACUGCCUCGCCGUCACCGUCCUCCAGGGCGCCUUCUGCCUCGGCAUGAUAUGGCGCAUGGACACGCACCGCAUGCCGCACGCAUUCUGCGUCGCACAGACCGCCCUCAUGUCCGUCUCCGGCCACGUCCUCGCCGGCGUCUGCGCCUCCUUUACCGCCGCGCUCUACCUCUCCGUCCACAGGCCCCAGCGCCUCCAGAACACACCCUCGCCCCUCGCCUGGCGCGCGGGGUACCUCUGGCUCGUCGGCGUGUUCCCCGCCGCCGCGUUCGCCGCCUACCUCACGGUCAUCCUCCGCCUCGACGCCGUGCGGCCGUCCAACGACAUGUACUGCGACGCCACGAGCCCCCUCUGGCCCCGCCUGCUCAGCUACGCCGGCGCCCCGCUCCUCCUCGCCGCCCCAUCCCUCGUCCUCUCCUCCCUCACGGGCUGCCGCAUCAUCAAGAUGCAUAGCCAGACGCGCCGCUGGAGAUACACCCAUGCGUCGCGCCCGUCGUUCACGCGCUCGCUGCCGUAUUCAUCCUCAGCGGCGGCGGCGUUCGAGCCGGCUGACGUGCGAUUGGACGUGAAGCGCCCGGCGUCCCCGCUCCCCCACGCUCUUCCUCUUCCUCAUCCUCAUAUCCAUCCUCACGCUCUUCCACUCCCUCUCACACCCCAUCCCCACCCCGCUCCAUCCUCGACAAAAGCCUCCGCCUCCGCCUCCGAAUCCACCCUCCACGCCUCCCUCUCCCAACACACGCACACGCACGCACAUACACACACACCGCCGCCGCCGCUCCCCCCACUCGAUCUCUCCAUCCUCCCGCCCUUCUCUCUUCCCCUUCCCCCGUCCCUUCCCCCGCCUUCUCCCUCCCCCGCAUCCACGCACGCCUCCCUCGCAACUACAACUACCGCUACCACCACUGCCACCACCACUUCCUCGCGCCGCUCGCCCUCCCCGUCUCCAAUCACCUUCGCCCCCGUCCCGCCGCCGCUCCCGCGCCCUCGCCACGGCCCAGCCGGCGCCCCGAGCAGCGACCCGGCCGCGCGGUACAUGCCCGCGUUCCCCGACCCCGGCGCGUUCGGCGCGUACGACGCGUUUGCGGUCCCCCCGGGCCCGGCGGGGGCGGGGGCGGGGGCGGCGAUGGUAGAUCGCGAGGCGUCUGCGCUGGCGGGUCUUGUUGGCGUCGCUGGCGCGCGGGCGGAUUCGGACGAGGCGCGCGAGGAGGAGGCGGGGGCAAAGAUGGGGGACGCGGGGGACGAGAUCACGCUCGAGGUGCUGCGGUGGGCGCGCGACGACGACGGCGACGACGAAUAUCAGGACAACGACGACCACGGGCCCAGCGCGAAGGGCGCCUCUGCAGGGCGCGCGCUGUCCCUGCCCCUGUCGCC